UCUCUUCCUCCGCAUCUACACGCCAGCAUGAUUUCCCUUUCCAUUCUUAGGGGAAGGCGAAGGCGCUGACCAUAGAGCAAAGAGACAUAGAAGGUCCGCUUUCUGGUACUUUCCUAGACCGGCUUCUCCAAUCCCGAGUGCGCAUGUGCCGCGCUGUCGAACACACCUUCUGCCCGAUUACGCUUGCGCGGCUUCCUAACAAUCUGGUGUGGCGCAUUGGAAGCGACGCGGCUUUAGUGCUGCCGUUUCUCCCCUGGUCUGCUGCCUAGAGCUCGUUCCUUCCAGCCGCGAAGAUGCCGCGAAUUAUGAUUAAAGGGGGCGUGUGGCGGAACACCGAGGAUGAAAUUCUUAAAGCAGCUGUGAUGAAAUAUGGGAAAAACCAAUGGUCUCGUAUUGCCUCUUUGUUGCACAGAAAAUCGGCAAAACAGUGCAAAGCUAGAUGGUACGAGUGGCUCGAUCCAAGUAUCAAGAAGACAGAAUGGUCGCGGGAAGAAGAAGAGAAGCUGUUGCAUUUGGCCAAACUUAUGCCAACCCAGUGGAGGACUAUUGCACCAAUCAUUGGAAGAACAGCUGCUCAGUGCUUGGAACAUUAUGAAUUUCUGCUGGAUAAGGCAGCUCAGAGAGACAAUGAAGAAGAAACUGCAGAUGAUCCUCGCAAGCUUAAACCUGGAGAAAUUGAUCCAAACCCAGAAACCAAGCCAGCCAGGCCAGAUCCUAUUGAUAUGGAUGAAGAUGAACUUGAGAUGCUUUCUGAAGCGAGAGCUCGUUUGGCCAACACUCAGGGAAAGAAAGCCAAAAGAAAAGCAAGAGAGAAGCAGUUAGAAGAAGCUAGGCGUCUUGCUGCUCUCCAGAAGAGGAGGGAACUUCGAGCUGCUGGGAUUGAGAUCCAGAAGAAAAGGAAAAAGAAAAGAGGAGUGGACUACAACGCUGAAAUCCCAUUUGAGAAGAAGCCUGCCCCAGGUUUUUAUGACACAUCAGAAGAAAACUAUCAAGCAUUGGAUGCAGAUUUUAGGAAAUUAAGGCAACAAGACUUAGAUGGGGAAUUGAGAUCGGAAAAGGAAGGAAGAGAACGGAAGAAAGACAAGCAACAACUGAAACGGAAAAAAGAAUCUGAUUUACCUUCAGCAAUUCUUCAGACCAGCGGUGUGUCAGAGUUCACUAAAAAAAGAAGUAAGCUGGUGCUUCCAGCUCCUCAGAUUUCAGAUACAGAACUUGAGGAAGUAGUAAAAGUUGGCCAAGCAAGUGAGAUCGCACGUCAGACAGCAGAAGAAUCUGGGAUCACAAAUUCUGCUUCCAGCACGCUCUUGUCAGAAUACAAUGUUACGAACAACAGCAUUGCACUUCGAACACCCAAAACCCCAGCAGCACAGGACAGGAUCCUACAGGAAGCUCAGAACUUGAUGGCUCUUACAAAUGUUGACACCCCCUUGAAAGGUGGACUUAAUACUCCCCUCCAUGAGAGUGACUUCUCUGGUGUAACACCUCAAAGACAAGUUGUUCAGACACCAAAUACUGUGCUUUCCACACCCUUCAGGACUCCUUCUCAUGGAGCCGAAGGCUUGACUCCUCAUGGGGGAAUGACUCCAAAGCCGGUCGUGGGAGUGACUCCAGGUAGAACUCCACUGCGCGAUAAGCUAAACAUUAAUCCUGAAGAGGGAAUUGCAGAUUACAGCGAUCCAUCAUAUACCAAACAUAUGGAAAGAGAAUCCCGUGAAAAUCUGCGUCUGGGGCUUAUGGGACUUCCUGCUCCAAAGAAUGACUUUGAAAUUGUCUUGCCGGAAAAUGCAGAGAAGGAGCUUGAGGAUCACAAUGCAGAUGAUACAUACAUAGAAGAUGCAGCUGAUGUGGAUGCUCGCAAGCAGGCCAUUCGAGAAAUUGAACGUAUCAAAGCACUAAAGCGAAUGCACAAAGCAGUUCAGAAAGAUCUUCCAAGACCCUCUGAAGUAAAUGAAACAAUCCUGAGACCUUUAAGUGUAGAGCCACCUCUGACCGAUUUACAGAAGAGUGAAGAACUGAUUAAGAAAGAGAUGAUCACCAUGCUGCACUUUGACCUUGUGCAUCACCCUUAUGGAGAGCUUCCAGGGAGCAAAAAAGGAAAAGUCCCUGGAUUUGGAACAAGCAGCACAGAGCACAUUGUUUAUCUUGAACACAAUCCUUAUGAGAAGUACUCAAAGGAAGAUCUCAAGAAGGCAGAAGAGCUCCUGGCCCAAGAAAUGGAAGUGGUGAAGCAAGGGAUGGGGCAUGGGGAGCUCUCAAGUGAAGCAUAUAACCAAGUGUGGGAAGAAUGUUACAGCCAAGUAUUAUACCUCCCUGGACAGAAUCGAUACACACGAGCUAACCUGGCCAGUAAAAAAGACAGAAUUGAGUCACUUGAGAAGAGACUGGAGAUAAACAGAGGCCACAUGACUACAGAAGCCAAGAGAGCUGCCAAGAUGGAAAAAAAGAUGAAGAUCUUGCUUGGUGGUUAUCAGUCUCGAGCAAUGGGGCUCAUAAAGCAAUUAAAUGACUUGUGGGACCAAAUUGAACAAGCACAUCUGGAAUUGCGCACAUUUGAGGAAUUAAAGAAACAUGAAGAUGCUGCUAUCCCAAGGAGACUGGAGUGUCUAAAGGAAGAUGUUCAGCGGCAACAGGAGAGAGAGAAGGAACUUCAGCAGAGAUUUGCAGAAUUCAUGCUGGACAAGGAAACUUUUCAGUCAAAAUAUUGAUCCACAUGUUUUGCAUAAGCCACCACUUGUAACAUGCGGCAGAUACAUUUCACCACCACCACCUGUGUCUUAAAAAAUCAAGCACAGGCUAAUUUGCUACCAAAUGCUUAUUUUGUUUUUGAACAGAUUGUUGUACUGUGUGGUAAGGUGUACCCCCCCCCUUUCUUUUUUCUUUUUUUACAAGAUAGCUGAAUUCAAAUCUAGCACCUAUGUGAUGUUCAUUGGUGGAUCAGGUCCAUGUAUGCUCACUCAACAAGUAGACACCAAUCCAGAGAAAGUAAGUCAUGCUAAAAUCCCAGUGGAACUAAUGGGGCAGUGUGGCUGUCUGGAACUCUCAAGUCAAUUUAAAGGAGAUUUAAGCAUGCCUGAACUUCCUCUGGAUCGCAGCUAUGGUAUAUGGCAGUCAGCUCUGACAGGACUAAACAUCUAUUGGGAAGCAACUGAAUCCAAGCCUCCCCUCCCCUCCCCUCCCCUCCACCCCACCCUCACACUCUGAGAUCUGACAGUGCUGAUGACUUAUUUGGUGGGUGCCCAAGGGAAGAAACUUGUGUGCAUUUGCAAGCACAUAGCUGACAGGAAUCUGUGAUUCAAGACAUGAGUUUUGACAUUAACAGAAUGAAUCAGUCUGGAUCUUUCUUUUAGUCACAUCAUCAUUUGCAAAUGUUACUGUUUUCUUGUGUUUCUAGUACCUUGCCAUUGUUAAGAUCUACAAGAAGUAUACACAUCCAUUGUGUGUGCUACUGAGUACUGUGAAUCUGGGAUGUAAAGAAGUGUAUUAAAGUGUGUUUGUGGAAUCUGAAAUUGUUCAUUGGAAUAGCUUUGCCAGUAACUUAGGGAUUCUCUAUAUAAAAGUAUACCUUGAUGGUCAAAAUGACUAGUAAGCUUACAAUUGUUCAUUCCAAAGGCAAAGGGCAGACUCUACUUUGCAAAGGCCCACUGUGAAAUGAAAGAGAGCAACACAAUGGUAAGUGAGUGUCCCCUUCUUGCUUGUGCCAAAAAACAUUUGGAUCCCUAACUGGCAUCCUGUGUCAGUGAUGCUACAGACUCUUAAAUGUCCGGGUGGUGGUGGUGGUUUUUAAUCUGUGACUGCAGAGAAACAAAUGAAUUGAGAGGUGAAAUGGAAAUUGAGUGUAGGGAAUCAUAGGAGGGUGUCAAACUCUGUUAACUUCCAAGAAAUCAAUCCAGUCAUGGACUGUUGGAUGAGAAUGGUUUUGUUUUAUUUAUUAAGCUGUGGCUGAGGAUUGGUUUUAGAAUGCUGGCUGACAUGCAUUGCAGCAUAACCUGGGCAAUUCAGAACCCCCUGUGCUGCUGCAGGGCUUUCACACAUGCACACACAUACGGAGCUGUGCAAGAGCCUUGCCAAGAGGGCUGUUUGGGUACGACUCACCCUUGCUCAAUCACAGGUCAUGUGCUACUGGCAUUAUUCCUAAUGUGAGUGGCUCACAAUCUUUGAUUGUUCAAGGGUCAGUCAUACUGGAACAGCCUCUUGCACAAAAGCAUGGGCAUGUUAGAGCCUCUCAAUAGGGCAGGCGGUUCCGUACUGCUCACAUUACACUGUAGGGCAGGUCAGUCAGUGUCUCGACUAACAGCCUAGGAAUUAACUUUGGCUGGUACAUAUUUGUGGGAAGAUAUAGGUCAUAUUUGUGGGAUACAUAUAGUCCCUUGAAACCCUCUAGGACUGAGAGCAUCCCAGUUGUUGAUUCGUUAAUAACAUAUUGAAAUGUGUACUUUUUAAUCUCUCCUAUUAAAUGGUAGUCAGUAUUGAUUAAUAUUGUCAACUACCUAUGAGACCACCUUGACUUGACCAUGUGAUGAAUAUUUUCUCCCAUGGAAUAAAUCAUUUUGUGGUGGUUGGCUAUAUAACUAAACACCAUAAAAUAUCACCAGUAUUAAGAAAUGGCAAAAGUGAGUGAUUUCUCACAUUGAUUUUAUUGCAGCAUAUGGAUUUUGUUAAAACUCUCCAUGCCCCUUCAGCCUUCAUUAUUUUCAAAAUAAUAAUAAACACCUUGGUUGCAAAGCAAUUAAAAUAUAGAAUAAUGUACCAGUAAAGAAAUAGGUAGCACUCAGAGACUAACUGAAAGGGUUCUAAGAUGGUUUGAUAUAGCAUAAGCUUUUGUGUCUAAACAACUCGCUUCAUCAGAUGAUGAGUUGUUAGUGGAGAAAUGCAGGAAAGCAGGCAUUUGAAAUCACAGGAUGGGAACACUCUAAGAUUCUUAGAGGGAUGGGUUAAGACACAUCAAGUGUAAUCCUUCUAAUGCAGCAGGGAAAUAUAGAAGGAUUUCUGGUGUAGCUCUUAAUGUUGAAGAAAUGGUCUGCUCCCAGGUGGUGGUGGUGAUUUAAUUUAUAUACUGCCUGACGCCAAAGGCUCUAGGCUAGUGGUUCCCAAACUGGGAGCCUCCAGAUGUUGAACUACAGCUCCCCAUCAUCCCCAGCCACAUUAAACUGUAGCUGGGGCUGAUGGGAGUUGUAGUUCAGCAACAUCUGGGGGCUCACAGUUUGGGAACCACUUCUCUAGGCAGUUCUUGUUUUUGUUCUAGUAGAUACUCAGAAUACAUUGUGCUUCCCAGAAGUUCCUCUUAAUAUAUUGAAAAACAAGAGAGGAUGCACCUAGGAAUUUGCUGUUAGUGUGCCUCUAGGCUCCUUUGGACAUCAUGUCCUACUGGCUCCCCAUCCUGUUGCAAGUCUUGAACAUGUAUAGCCCAACCCCUGCUCCGGGUGCCCCGUCCUGAACCUCAUGUUAGGGGGGUUCAUGUGAACCUGCCCCCUUUAUGUGAUUAUAAAGGAUGGCACUCCUGGGGAGCAAAUUGUGCAUGCUUACAUCCUGCAACACAUGGGAAGAGCCAGUCAGAAAUAUGGUCCAAAUGGACCCCACUGUCUUAAUUUAAUCACUUUUAAACUUUGCUGGUCAAUGGCCGAAUAAACUUCUCUCUCACACACACUUUUAAACUGCCUGGAACAGCUCUUACCGAUACCUGUUCCUCUCCAUUAAGGUGAAGAUGAAUUAUUUUGUAUUGGAUUUUGCAUGGAUGAGAGUUCCAAUAGUGCACUUAAAUUAGCAUAUUAGCACCAGUGUGUGUUUGCAAACUGCCUUAAUAAGGUUAAGAUGAGAAUGAGCAUGCCCAGCAAAGUCAUAUUUGCUGUUAGCAAUUUAGAAUGGACAUGUUUUCAAGGUCCCCCCACCCCACCCAAGGUGAAAUCUACAGAUGACUGAAAUUAGGUAGUUCCUAAUAGAUACCAGCAGGCUUCUCAACUGAGCAGUGAACAAUAGUUGAUAGAAAAGAAUCACCUGCAUCUAGUUUAACCAAACUUAGAACAUAAGGAUGUUCUUUCCUCCACCACCACCCGUUCUGAUUUUUAAAUCCUAUAGUUCUGUUUCUUUUUUUAAGGCAUGGGCUCUUGGAAAUCUGUCAGGCAAAAGUCAGAAGUUUUUCAGUAUGUCAGCUUAGACAGGCCCUGCCUCAUUAGAUCAUUUUAGUGUCUGCAGGGUGGAACUAAGAGUCUGAUGUAUUCAAAUUACCUAAAGAUUCCUCAAAGGAAGCAGAAAUGCUUCUUUAAAAUCAUUUUGGCCAUCACUAGCAUUUAUGAAUUACGAUGCCUGGAAAUGGAUGCCAUAAUUCUUAUUUAUUCAAUUCAUAUGUUGUUUGGAAUUCUUGCCAAAAAUGUGUUUCAGGUAAAUGCCUCUUGGGAUUUUCCAGAGUAUUUAUUUUGCUCUAUAUCUUUUUCCAUCCAGUACACAUGUGGGGUGCAUUUCUGUAUGUUCAUUGUUUUAGUUGCACAUAAUCAUUUAAUAUGUGACUCUGUCUGUUGAGUGUGCCUAAUAAUUACACGAGAGACUAUAAUCUGUUUAAGAAAGUUCCAUUCUCUGCUGGUGUAGGAGGUCAUCCAUUGUGGGUUAUCCCCACCCACUUGCUCCACAAGGCAGGAAUAUGUAAAUAAAGGAGAUCUUUAAAAGGA